AUGUUCGCACAUAGGUUUUUGAAAGUCUCAAGAAGAGCGUAUUCAGAAGUUGCAACCAAUGCAACCAACGGCGCAAAGAAGUCCAGAUUUGAUAAGUCAGCUAUUAAACCAUUAAUUUCACUAUUGAUAUUCGGAUCUGUGUUAACAAGUGUUUCAGCCCAACAGCAGAGACAUGCUGAUAUGGUUAGAAGAUAUGAGAUGAAGAUUAAGAUUCUACAGGAUUUGAUCGACCGUACGAAGCAAGGCGAUUUCAAUUACAAUGCGGAGAAGGAACUAGAAUUAGUUAACAAGCUAUUCGCUCGUCAUGAGCUGGGUAAUUCUGUUGAUUUGGAAAGAGAAGCUAAGAUGAUACGUGAACGUGCGGCCAAAGAGAUUAUUGAUCGUGAAAGGGUAAUAAAAGGCAUGAAUUCACAAAUUGAAGAAGAAUCACUGGAAGAUAUCUUUCAGGAUAUCAUGAAAGAUAUCGAUCAACCAAAUAGCAGCAUCGCAGCUCCGACGAAAAAAUUAGAUAGUGAUUCUAUGAAGAAGGGUUCUGACGAUAUUAUUGUAGAUAAGGAAUGGCUAGAUUAUGAGAGACAAAGAGAACAGAAAAGAUUAGCAUUCAAACCUUCUACUGAGAAGCAUGUUAUCGUAGAGAACCCUGGUGAAUACAACAUCGCAGCAGAAGAAACUAAAGUCAAGAGAUUUUUGUAG